AUGACGGCAGAACCGCCGGUGCCCUCGUCACCUGUUGAAGGUCCUACCACCUCUUCAAGAGUCACCAUCAUUAAUAGCUUCCAACAAGAAAAAGAUAAUUUUACUAGUCAAAUAAAGGGAGAGAAUCACAAGCCUCUAUGGCGAUUCAAGAGAAGAUGAGUUAUUUCCACCCUGGAGCUAGAGGAGGAAGACCAGGACCUUGCCCCACACCUGAUGGGGGAGCUGUUCAAUAACGUGUCUGUCAAUGUGUUGUUAAUGUACUUAAUCAGUGCACCUAGUGCAGAUGCAUAUCUAGAGAUUAUCUUAUUUUCUAUAGAAGAUCAUGGGAGUGGAAAAAUAUAUAUUCACCACCCUGUUGAUGGAGAAACAGCACCAUCUUCUAUGGUUUGUUUUGAUGUUAUGAAUUACUCAACAGGAAAAAUUGUGGAUGAGUCUUUGAUUUCCCCAAUUUUCAACAUUAAGAUCAGUCAUAUGAAUGAUCAUGUACCCCAGUUUCCUGAACAGGAAUUUAAUGUCAGCGUUAAAAAGAAUCAAACUGUAGGUCAACCUAUUUUUCAGACGUUAACAGCUGAUGUGGCUCCAGAAAGUACUCCAAAUUCUGAAGUUCUUCAUUUCCUUCUUCCUCAAGCACCAUUAUCAAAAGGAAGUGGCUUCUGGAUUGAUCAUUCUAGUGGAGAAAUCCAACUGUCCGGAUGCUUAGAUUAUGAGACUGCCCCUCGGUUUAUACUACUCAGUGCAGCAAGGGGUUGUGGAGAUCCACCCUUGUCAUCUACAGCGACAGAUCACAUUAGUGUUCAAGAAGCCAACAACCAAAUGCCCACAGGCCCGGGGAAGGCUCCGGUGUUGCAGGAUGCUAAGCUUCCAUACAGUCCCCAAGCCCUAAACUUGGUUUUGCUGGGGCAGCGAUAAGAUAUAUGAAGUUUUGCCAAGUUUUUAAGUUACAACAGAGUUGAGCCAUAGUGAUAAUCAUUCAAUCUUUGAUAACUUUUUACCAGAAAAUAUGCUGAGAAAAUUCACUUCAUUAUUUCAUUUUUAAUUUUUGAGACUGUCACAUUAUUCUUAUUUUACAGACAAGGGAAACUGAGGCCUAGGGAACACAACGAGUCCUUAUUAAAUUGAGUCCAGUGUUUCUUGACCUCAUGAUACUAACCUCUUGGGAUGGAAAAUCCUUUGUUGUGGGGAGCUGUUCAAUAUAUCAUAUUAUAGAGCAUUUGGCAGCAUUCCUGGCCUCCACAAGCCCCCAUAGUUUUGUUAACUAGUGGGGCAAGAGCAGCAUCACUUGUGACUGACAAGUUCAGAUACUGUCAGGAUCCUAGAGGAGAAAUGAGCAUGUAAAUUCUGUCUUUGUUUCCUCGGCUCCCCUGAUUUAUAUGUUGAAGUUCACAUAAGAUUUCAUAUAACAUAGAUUCCUAGGCUUUAAGAAAGCACUGAAAAUCACUUUAAGAAUAGUUUGAAGGUACUGUACCAUUUAAGAUAUGCAAGACUGCGAAGAGGGGGCUGGGGAUUUAGCUCACCGGCAAAGCGCCUGCCUGGCAAGCGCAAGGUCGUGAGUUUGGUUCCCCGUACCGGAGAAAAACCAAAAAAAAAAAAAGACUGCGAAGAGGUAAAACAAGAGUCACUCUAGAUAUGGUUUCCAAUUUGAAAAAUUUUAUUAUUCCAUACGUAUUUUUAAAAAAUGUACAUCCACUAUAUUUCUCUCUGUCUCUUGCUCUUUCUUGAUGAGGCCCUUCUUGACUCGCUAAUUAAAAUUCCCCCACCCCCUACCUCUAGCCCUUCUGUUCUCUUUUUUAAUUAAAUAGGUUUCUGUUUAACUGUUUUAUUUGUUUUAUAUCUUGUCUAUCGUCAGCUCCCUAAAGGUAUAUUUUUUUUGCAAGUACCUAAAAGAGAAACUGGCACGUAGUAACUG